AGAAGGAAAGUGCUCAGAAAAAGGCUGCUGAUCAAAAAACCAAAGUGCCAGAACCUACUAAGACCAGUUCAAGCCAGCCCCAACCUGCUGGUAUCAGUACCAGUACUUCCACCAGCACUAUCACCAAUAGCAGCAAUGGCAAACGUGCAUCUGCCAAUGGCCAGCAGCCAGCUGCGUCCCGUUACCUGCCUCGUGAGGUGCCUCCACGUUUCCGCCAGCAAGAACAGAAGCAGCUAUUAAAAAGAGGUCAGCCAUUACCUCCUGGGACUCUUACCACUGUAAGCCCAGCACAAGGUACUGGACAAGCAGGGGCAAGUCCUCCUCCUCUAACAGGAGCAGGUGGACAGCAUCAUCCAAGUAAACUUCAAUCAGCCCUACAGGAUGAGGCUCAUGCUGUACAAAGCCGACAUAUUGAAGCGGAGAGCCCAGGCGAACAUAGAUGCAGACGUAGAGGCAGCUCUGCACACAAUGUAGCGUCUCCUAGGAUGGUUGGGCGACACCUUUCUUCAGAUCUCAGUCACAGUGGAUUGGUAGACCAUUAUGAAAAUUCCCACUGGGGACAGCAGCCUACUUUUAGAAGUGAAGCCAACUGCACCUGGGAUAAAGUGAUAAUAGAUAGGACUGACAAGGAGGCGUGGCCUUCCAUUACAGUAACUGAGACUGAAUCUGUUUCAGAAUGUACUACAGACAUUGACUCUGCCUCCAACUGUGGCCCAGAGAACAGUAGCAUGGCUACAGGGAGUGCCCACAGCAACUUCACUGGACAUACAAAGAAAAAUAAUGGCAAUAAUGGCGCAAAUGGAGCACUCGUCCAAAGCACUUCUAAUCAGAGUGCCCUUGGAGCAAGUGGAGCAAAUGGUAAUGGAAAUUCAUCUAGAGUGUGGGGUGUGACCACAGGCUCCAACUCUAAUCUAGCUCACUGCUCUAUCAGUGGUGGGGAUGGAAAAAUGGACAACAUGAUUGGAGAUAGUAGAAGUCAGAACUGCUGGGGUACUUCCAACCCAAAUGCUGGCAUUAAUCUUAACCUUAAUCCUAAUGCCAACCCAGCUGCCUGGCCUGUACUUGGACAUGAAGGAACUGUGGCAACAGGCAACCCUUCCAGUAUUUGCAGUCCAGUCGGUGCCAUAGGUCAAAAUAUGGGCAACCAGAAUGGGAACCCAACAGGCACUUUAGGUGCUUGGGGAAACUUGCUGCCUCAAGAGAGCACAGAACCACAAACGUCCACUUCUCAGAAUGUGUCUUUCAGCGUACAACCUCAGAACCUUAACACUGAUGGACCAAAUAACACUAACCCUAUGAACUCUUCACCAAACUCUAUCAAUGCAAUGCAGACAAAUGGACUGCCGAAUUGGGGAAUGGCUGUUGGUAUAGGGGCCAUCAUCCCACCCCACCUGCAAGGCCUUCCUGGUGCUAAUGGAUCAUCAGUUUCUCAAGUCAGUGGGGGCAAUGGUGAAGGAAUUAGCAGUUCAGUAUGGGGGAUGUCCCCAGGUAAUCCUGCCACAGGAAAUAAUAGUUCUGGGUUCAAUCAGGGGAAUGGAGACACUGUGAACUCAGCAUUAAGUGCUAAACAAAAUGGAUCCAACAGAAUAGAUCCAGCUGUGCAGAAGGAAGGGAAUGGAGCAAAUGCAUGGGAUUCAGGGCCUCCUGCUGGUCCUGGAGUUCUCGCCUGGGGAAGGGGCAGUGGCAGCAAUGGUGUUGGUAAUAUGCAUUCUGGAGCUUGGAGCCACUCCAGCCGUAGCACCUCAAAUGGUGUGAAUGGGGAAUGGGGAAAGCCCCCAAACCAGCAUUCCAAUAAUGACAUCAAUGGGAAAGGAACAAUGGGGUGGGAUAACCCUAGUGUUACCAACCAGAAUCCUGCCAUACAACAGGGCAAUGAACAACUGAACUCUUGGGCCAAAGCUGGCACUUCUGGCACUGCGACAAGUGAAGGAAGCAGUGACAGUUCUGGAAGUCAAAAUGAAGGAAGCACUGGGAGGGAAGGAGUUGGAGAGAGCCGACGCAGAGAUAAAGGAAUUAUAGACCAAGGGCAAGUCCAGUUGCCAAGGAAUGACCUUGACCCAAGAGUACUGUCCAAUACUGGUUGGGGACAAACUCCUGUAAAGCAAAACACUGCCUGGGAAUUUGAGGAAUCCCCUAGGUCUGAGCGAAAAAAUGACAAUGGGACAGAGGCCUGGGGUUGUGCAACUACUCAACCUUCAAACUCAGGGGGGAAGAACGAUGGGUCCAUCAUGAACAGUACAAAUACCUCUUCAGUAUCUGGGUGGGUCAACUCACCCUCUGCUGCUGUUCCAGCAAAUACAGGUUGGGGAGACAACAACAACAAGGCACCAAAUGGCCUCGGGGGUUGGGGGGACUCAAUAAACUCUACUGCUGUCAAUAAUGCUGCUGCCAAAAGUGGCCAUGCUUGGAGUGGGACUGUAAAUCAGGGGGACAAAUCACCUACCUGGGGUGAACCUCAGAAACCCAAAUCUCAAAACUGGGGAGAUGGACAAAAGUCCAAUCCAGGCUGGACUUCAGGGGGGGGAGAUUGGACAGAUUCAUCAUCUGUCCUUGGAAAUUUGAGUGAUGGAAAAAAGAAUGGAUCAGGAUGGGAUGCUGACAAUAAUAGAUCAGGUUCUGGUUGGAAUGAUGCAAGAUCUGGGACCAGUGGAUGGGGCAGUGGCACAAAUGCUAAGGUUAAUCCAGGUACAAAUUGGGGGGAGUCUUUAAAAUCUGGUCCCCAGCAAAACUGGUCUAAUAAACCCCAAGACAACAAUGUGAGUAACUGGGGAGGAGCUGCUUCUGUUAAGCAGACUGGAUCAGGAUGGGUUGGUGGGCCAGUACCAGCCAAACAGAAGGACAUUAGCGAGGCUACAGGUUGGGAAGAACCUUCUCCCCCCUCCAUUCGACGUAAGAUGGAAAUUGAUGAUGGUACCUCAGCUUGGGGUGACCCAAGCACCUACAACAAUAAAACUGUAAACAUGUGGGAUAGAAACAAUCCUGUGAUCCAGAGCAGUACCACAACCAACACCACUACCACCACCACCACCACCAAUAGUAACACAAAUAUGGUUGAAAAUCUACCAUCACACCAGUCGAGCACUCAGCUCAAUCGAUCUCCGCUGCUUGGUCCAGUUUCAACAGGCUGGGGAGACAUGCCUAAUGUUCAUUCAAAGGCUGAAGCUUCUUGGGGAGAAUCAUCAUCUCCUGCUGCUACGGUUGAUAAUGGCACAGCAGCUUGGGGAAAGCCACCCAGCAGUGGUGCAGGAUGGGGAGAUAAUUCUGAGCCAUCAGGGACAUUUGGAAGAACAAGCGCCCCAGCAACUGCCCCAGCCCUGUGCAAACAAGCUUCAAAAUCUAUGCAAGAAGGCUGGGGCAGUGGUGGGGAUGAAAUGAACCUCACUACCAAUCAGUGGGAAGAUGAAGAAGGAGAUAUGUGGAAUAAUGCUGCUUCACAAGAAAGCAACUCCUCCUGCAGUUCCUGGGGGAAUGCCCCAAAGAAAGGACUUCAAAAGGGCAUGAAGACAUCUAGCAAGCAAGAUGAGGCCUGGAUCAUGAACCGUCUGAUUAAACAGCUCACAGACAUGGGCUUUCCGAGAGAGCCAGCUGAAGAAGCUUUGAAGAGUAACAAUAUGAAUCUUGAUCAGGCCAUGAGUGCUCUGCUGGAAAAGAAGGUGGAGAUGGACAAGCGUGGGAUGGGAGUGACUGACUAUAACGGAAUGGUCACCAAACCCCUUGGCUGCCGCCCACCGAUCUCCAAAGAGUCUUCCAUGGACCGCCCCACCUUUCUUGACAAGGAUGGCGGCCUAGUGGAAGAGCCCACUACUUCACCAUUUUUGCCUUCACCAAGCCUGAAGCUCCCCCUUUCAAACAGUGCACUCCCUAAUCAGACCCUGGGUGGGAUUGCCUCAGGGCUGGGCAUGCAAAACUUGAAUUCUUCUAGACAGAUACCGAGUGGCAAUCUGGGUAUGUUUGGCAAUAGCGGAGCAGCACAAGCCAGGACCAUGCAACAGCCGCAGCAACCGCCAGUACAACCUCUUAACUCAUCCCAGCCUAGUCUUCGUGCUCAAGUGCCUCAGUUUCUAUCCCCUCAGGUUCAAGCACAGCUUUUGCAGUUUGCAGCAAAAAACAUUGGUCUCAACCCUGCACUAUUAACCUCGCCAAUUAAUCCUCAGCAUAUGACGAUGUUGAACCAGCUCUAUCAACUGCAGCUGGCAUACCAACGUUUACAGAUCCAGCAGCAGAUGUUACAGGCCCAACGUAAUGUUUCUGGACCGAUGAGACAACAAGAGCAGCAAGUUGCACGUACAAUCAAUAACAUGCAGCAGCAGAUCCAGCAGCACCAGCGGCAGCUGGCCCAGGCCUUGCUCAUGAAACAGCAGCAGCCUCCCCCUCCACAUCUCUCUUUGCACCCCUCUGCAGGCAAAUCAGCCAUGGAGAGCUUUUCACCCCAUCCCCAGGGUCCUGGCCUACCUGACCUGCAGACCAAAGAGCAACAGUCUUCAAUGAACACCUUUGCUCCUUACCCAAGUCUCGCUGGACUGAACCCAAACAUGAAUGUAAACAGCAUGGACAUUACUGGUGGUUUAUCAGUGAAGGACACUUCUCAGUCUCAGUCUCGCCUUCCUCAGUGGACACACCCCAAUUCAAUGGAUAAUUUAUCCAGUGCUGCUUCUCCACUUGAUCAGAAUCCUAGCAAGCAUGGUGCUAUCCCUGGAGGCUUAAGCAUUGGGCCUCCGGGUAAGUCCUCCAUUGAUGACUCUUAUGGCCGGUAUGAUUUAAUCCAAAACAGUGAAUCACCAGCCAGCCCUCCUGUAGCCGUUCCCCACAGCUGGUCACGUGCCAAAUCUGAUAAUGAUAAAAUCUCAAAUGGUUCCAGCAUUAACUGGCCACCAGAAUUUCAUCCUGGAGUGCCAUGGAAAGGACUUCAGAAUAUUGACCCUGAGAAUGAUCCUGAUGUCACUCCGGGAAGUGUCCCCACUGGACCUACAAUUAAUACAACAAUACAGGAUGUUAAUCGUUAUCUUCUCAAAAGUGGAGGGUCAUCCCCAACAUCAUCUCAGAAUGCCACGCUGCCUUCAUCGAGUGCCUGGCCUCUUAGUGCCUCUGGCUACAGUAGCUCUUUCAGCAGCAUUGCAUCCGCAUCUAGUGUUACAGGUAAACUGUCAGACAUUAAAUCUACGUGGUCCUCCGGCCCAGUUUCUCACACACAAGCCUCUCUGUCUCAUGAACUGUGGAAGGUACCCAGAAACACUACUGCACCUACUAGACCUCCUCCAGGCUUAACAAACACCAAGCCCUCUUCUACCUGGGGUACCAGUCCACUUGGCUGGACCAGCUCUUACUCCUCUGGUUCUGCCUGGAGCACUGACAGUUCAGGAAGAACGAGCAGCUGGCUGGUCCUCCGUAACCUCACGCCCCAGAUCGAUGGUUCUACACUGAGGACUUUGUGUUUGCAACAUGGUCCUCUAAUUACAUUCCACCUAAACCUGACUCAAGGAAAUGCUGUGGUCCGAUAUAGUUCCAAGGAAGAAGCUGCCAAAGCUCAAAAGUCUCUGCAUAUGUGUGUCCUCGGAAACACUACCAUACUGGCUGAGUUUGCUGGUGAAGAGGAAGUAAACCGUUUCUUAGCACAAGGCCAACCACUGCCACCCACUUCCAGUUGGCAGUCCAACACUGGAACCAAUCAGACUCGCAUGGGCUCCACAAGCAGUUCUCAUGGAUUGGUGCGAAAUGAUGCAGGCCACUGGAACACCCCAUGCCUGGGAAGCAAAGGAAGCAGCGACCUGCUCUGGGGUGGAGUUCCUCAGUACUCCAGCAGCCUUUGGGGCCCUCCAAGCACCGAUGAUGGCAGAGUUAUUGGAAGCCCUACACCUUUAAAUACUCUGCUUCCUGGUGACCUUCUCAGUGGGGAAAGUAUCUAGGAAAACAGAUCAAUGAAAUGGAAAUAACAAUCAUCAGCACUAAAGGAAAAAAAGGAUAACCCUUUCCAGUCCAGGGCUUCACAAAGAAUCCAGCUUUAAUAGAUCAGACUGGCAGCCCUUUUUUAGUACCUCUGUCCAAUAUUGACUAUGAAACUCUGCCAAAGUCCUUGUGAACUGUUGUGAAAACAGUAUGGGCUACUUUUGGUCAGUUUCACAUGCUAAUGACAGGUUGUUUUUUCCAUGGCUUUUUGUUUUAUGUUGUCUUAUGUUUAUAUGGUAUGUUUUGUGUUUUGUAUUUUUAUUUUUUUAAGUAUAAAAGCUGCUUAGAAUAGUUCUAUCAUGAAGGGCACUUUUCAGAUUGUGGGCUGGAAAGGGUUAUUUUAUCAAGGUGGGGAGGGGGUGGGAGGGAGAAGUGAAAGCCUAUUUAAAAUGAGCCUGUGACUAUUAUGCACAUUACCAGAGGCGGACCCAGUCAUCAGAAGGAGUAAGCAUGGUUAUAUCAUUGAUACAGUAAAGUCAUGCAUCUGAAUGGUGACUCAUGACUGUAAAGUACAAGUUAAAGUGGGGAGGGAGGGAGUUUCCUAUUCUCUGCUCCCAGGGAUCCGCCUAUGCACAUUUCCCUUGUUUGGUUACUUUUCCAUGUCAUUUUUUUAAACCCCCAAAAUAGAAAAAGUUUAAAAAAAAAACAUAUCAAACAUGCAAAUACUUGAAUCCAGCAGGCCAAUAAUGAAAUGUGAACACUUUCUAAGUCUAAUUUUACACUUCCAGGUUGACAUCAAUAUACAGAAACAGGCUCUAGGAAAAAAUUUCUAACUUCAUAUACUAUUGUGUGUGUUGGAAGAGAAAUGUGUAUGCGUGCGUGUGUGCGUGUGUGUGUGCACAUAUGUGUGUAUGUGAGAAAGUGUGUGAAUGAUUUAACAAUGUGGGGUUUUUUCCCUUUUACUCAGUAUAUGCUUUUUUUUCCUCAUUGGUCAAACGUUUAAUUGUUGUUAGCUUCUAACUUUGCACUGAGUGUCAGCAACCCUUCACGUAGCUAAUCCUAUAUGUCUGAAAAAAUUAAUAGGAUGGGUUAGCGACAAUUCAUGUGUAAAUGUUUACUCAAGGACUCUGUUGUUGCGUUAAAAUUACAUUGUGUAUCUCUGGAGAAUAAUAUGUAUACCUACCUUUAGCAGCUUUUUAUUGUGGACUAAUGCAAGAAAAUUAUUACCGGAGUAUUGCACCAUUUUUCCAUUGGGGAUAUAAAGAUUUAAAAAAAAACUUUUUGAACUGUGGCCAUAGAUACUUGUAAAGAAUGGAUGGUUCCCUGCAAGCUGGAACAGAAACAAGCACUUGGGACAUAGGUUUAGACUGCUUUUAGAGGAGCCAAUGGUUUGGCUCCCACCUGUUUACAGACCUUUUUUUCUCCUUCAAACUUUAAAAUAAAAUUUUAAAAGGAAUAAAAAAAAAAAAAGACUUCCAUCGCUAAAGAAACCUAUUUUCAGAAUGAAGAUAUGCUACUUCAGAGCUCUGGGAUUGAACAGUGUUGUUAUAUUAUCCUUUCUUUGGCCAUUGUUGUGUACUUUUUGUUAUUUUUUUUUCUUCCUCUUCGUCAAAGUGGCGAAAACUUUGUGGUCACUAUCUUGCACAUGGUGGAAGAGGUCUCAGGAAAGCCGGGUUUCCCGAGGAGCAACUCCACACCAUUUCAUGUAUUUUUAAACCCAACUCCUAGCACUGAAGAUAUUAUUAAAAAAAAAAAACAACAACAACAACAACGAAAAAGAGACACAAAAAAAA